AUGUCAAAUGAAAGUUAUUACGAGAGAUGGCUCAAAAUAAAAGAGCAAAUGAAAGUUGCGUUGGCCGAAGAUGAAAGGCUACAGGAACUAGCAGUAGCUGCUGUUGGAAUUAAACCUCAAGCAACAGCAGUCGAAAUCGUUUCAAGAGUGUAUUGCAAAUAUUGCGAAUUAUAUAAUAAAUUGUGUGAGUGUUAUGAUCAAAUGGAACAAAUACAAAGACGGCCUUUUAUAAAAACAUUAAUUGACGCUAUAACAUGCCGCCUCCUUGAGCUAAAAGUUACUUUAGAAAACGUUGAAGUGUUUGAAUUUACGUAUCCAGAAAAUGCUUUGCAACAGAUGCUUAUAGUACCAGAUGACAUAAAAAUACUUUGCCCUUUUCAUUAUCCUUUUGAAAUAAGACAGGCGGAAAUGCAGUAUAUAAUCGACGAAAUAUUUGCUGGAAAUCGUUUAGGUGAUCCAACUCCCACACCUUCACAAUUGGAACUAUUAGAAGCUCAACGAUUAGAAGAAGAAGAGAGAUUACAAAUGGAGAAAGAGGCUGAACUUAAAAGAAAAUUAGCUAUGGGUGACGAGAUUUCUGUUACUGAAUCAUUACAUUUGUCGCCACAGGAGUUAGAAGAGUUAAGGUUACAGGAAGAAUAUAAUACACACGUCUUUAAUAUCCAACGAAUGGAAAGAUCACGUUUCGUAACACGAGAAAAUGUUCAUAAAUAUAAUAAGGAUACAGACCUCUAUCUUGAACUAGCUGGACUUAAAAAACCCCAAGCUAGUGAACAUUUAAGAAAAAGAGCAUCGUCGUUAAUCCAAAGAAUAUAUCGCACUUUUAUGGAAAUGAAGCGCAAGCAUAAAAGAGAACUAUUGCUGAAUAAAAAACUUGAUAUGAUUAUAUCUUCUUGGAACCCUCCUUCAGCAAAACAACAAUUAGAGAAAGUAAAAGAACAAAGGCGCAAUUUCAGACGUAAAUAUCAUGAAGAUUGGGUUAAAGAGAACAUUAAAGAAAAUGAUCGAGUAUUUAGAUUAAGAGAAGGUGAUGUUAUGGAAGAUAUAUCUGCAGAAAUACGGCAAUGGCUUCGAGAAUGGUAUGAUAAAUUGCGUUUAUUUGACGAAUUUCCUUAUCCUGAGGAAGGUGGAUCAAUAUUAAUAGUAAAAGGCGAAACAUUUACUAUUGAAGAUUAUAUUGAAUGGAAGACGGAAGAAGAGAAAAGACUCAAAGCGGAAGGCGCACAACAAAAAUCAAAAGAACAAAUAAAAGCUGAAAAAUUAGCUGCGCGUGAAGAAGAAAAACGAAUGAAAAUGGAGGCCAAGAUGCGCGAGGAGAAACGCUUACUCGAUUAUAAAAAAGCUCGUCUAAAUCCUUCUAAUGAUCCGGGAGUGUAUUUAACUGUUGGACAUAACUUAGAACAUGUGCGAGAGGCUUGGAAUAAUUAUGAGAUUGAAUGGAAAGAUUUAGAUGAAAAAUAUCCCCCAGCAGACGUAAUUAAAGGUUACAUCAUGAAACUUGUUACUGAAAACGCUUAUCAAAAUCUUCAAUUUCAAUUACGGCCCAUAGUCGAUGAAAUGAUGAGAAUUGAAUUAAACAUGCUCAAAAAUUCGUUAAAAAUAGACUAUCAGGAUGCCGGGAUUGCAAAACCACCACAAAGUAAAAAAAGGAAAAAACCAAGAAAACCUAAGGAACCGAAACCUGAUAAGAUACCCCCGGAGAGAAUGUUCCAAGAAUUAGUUGAUCAAGGAAUAAUAAAAAAAUAUCCUCAUAUUACCUUGGAUGAAUUUUGGGGUGAUCAAAAUUACGGAGCUGCUGAUACUCGCGCCAUAUUAUGGACGCCCACUUUUCCUCCACCAUGUAUCGGUGACGUUAAAGAACAAGUAAGAGUUCGAUGUCUUCUGACUUUAGGAUCCUCUUGUCAUAACGCAGUAAGGUCCCAACUACUAGUGGGACCUAAGGGAUCCGGUAAAAAAACUUUAGUCUACGCCAUAGCGACGGAAACGAACUCCAUUCUUAUAGAUUUAUCUCCCAUGAAUGUUUAUAAUAAGUUUCCGGGUCCCAAAAAUUUAAAAAUAAUGUUCCACUACGUUAAUCGAAUCAGCAGGCUAAUGCAACCAUCUAUUAUUUUUGUAGAUAAUGCAGAUAAAAUAUUUUGUAAGAAAGUACCCAAGGAAGACAGACUCUUUGAUCCGAAACGCCUACAAAAAGAUUUUUUUAAAGAAAUUAUAAAACCCAUAAAUGCUACGGAGGAUAAAAUAUUAGUAUUAGGUACCGCUUGCGAGCCUUGGCUAGCAAGAGGUGGUCAAAUGUACAAGGUUUUUCCUUCAUUAAUACUUUUCCCGCGCACCGAUUAUGGCAGUAUAUCAUAUGUUUUGACUAAAACUUUAAUGAAUUAUCAUGGGAUCAGUCGCGACUUUAAUGUCCACAGUGUCGCUCAAGUUCUAAGAGGUUACGACAUAAAUUCAAUACGGAAGGCAUUGAACAAUCUGUUAAACGGCAAACGCGUUGCCGAACUUUACUUUAAACCAUUAAAACCGGAAGAAAUAAUUAACGCCGUUUUAGACAUAGACGAAGCUGUGUACACUGGUGUUGAUGAGUACGAUAUGUAUAAACAAUGGUACGAAUCAUAUUCCCCAUGGGGACAGAAAUAUCUUGACUAUAUGGCGAUGCUAGAAUCUCAAUUGAGAUACAAAUUAAAAGAAGAAAAGAAAAAGAAAUAA